AUGGGAGAAAGGCCUUUUCAGUGCAGUCAAUGUAGGAAAUCCUUCCCCAAGAGUUCAGUACUCAUUCUACACCAGAGAGUGCACACAGGAGAAAGGCCUUAUGAGUGCAGUGACUGUUGGAAGUCCUUUAGCUGUCAAUCUUACCUCACUCGGCACAGGAUAGUUCAUAAUGAAAGAAAAUCUUAUGCAUGUAGUGACUGUGGGAAAUCUUUCACCUCUCACCCUGGCCUUCGUUACCAUUUAAGAGUUCACACUGGGAAAAGGCCUUAUCAAUGUGAUGAAUGUGGGAAAUCUUUUUUAUCUGGUUCCAACCUCAGUAGUCAUCAGAGGGUACACACAGGAGAAAGGCCUUACCAAUGCAGUGAAUGUGGUAAAUCCUUUACUCGAAGAAAUUAUCUUAUUACACACCAGAGCGUUCACACAGGAGAAAGACCUUAUCAGUGCAAUGAAUGUGGAAAAUCUUUUUUAUCUUGUUCCAAACUCAGUAGUCAUCAGAGUGUACACAUACCAGAAAAACUUUAUCAGUGUAGUGAAUGUGGGAAAUCUUUUAGCACAAACUCCACAAUGGUUCGACACCAGAGAGUUCAUACUGGAGAAAGACAUUAUCAGUGCAAUGAAUGUGGAAAGUUUUUUUUAUCUAGUUCCAACCUCAGUAAUCAUCAGAGGACACACACUGGAAAAAGACUUUAUCAAUGUAGUGAAUGUUGGAAAUCUUUUAGCAGAAAGUCAAAAAUGGUUCAACACCAGAGAGUGCACACAGGAGAAAGGCCUUAUGAGUGCAGUGAAUGUUCCAAAUCCUUUAGCCAACAAUCUUAUCUCACUCAACACAGGAUAGUUCAUAGUGGAAGAAAGUCUUAUGAGUGUAGUGAAUGUACGAAAUCUUUUACCUCUCGCCCUGGCCUUCAUUAUCAUCUGAGAGUUCACAGUGGGAAAAGGCCUUAUAAGUGUGGUCAAUGUGGGAAAUCUUUUCUAUCUGGGUCCACCCUCAGUAGUCAUCAGAGAGUACACACAGGAGAAAGGCCUUAUCAGUGCACUGAAUGUGGGAAAUCCUUUACCCGAAGAAAUUACCUUAUCAUACACCAGAGAAUUCACACAGGAGAAAGGCCUUAUCAGUGCAGUGAAUGUGGGAAAUCAUUUUCAUGUGGUUCCAACCUCAGUAGCCAUCAGAGAGUACACACAGGAGAAAGACCUUAUCAAUGCAAUGAAUGUGGGAAAUCUUUUACCCAACGUAAUUGCCUUCUUACACACCAGAAAAUUCACACAGGAGACAGGCCUUAUCAGUGCCGUCAAUGUGGGAAAUCAUUUCUUCGAAAAAAUUCCCUUCUUAUACACAAGAGAGUUCAUAUGGGAGAAAUGCCUGGUUUAUCAAUGCAGUGAAUGUGGGAAGUCUUUUUUAUCUGGUUCCAACCUCAGUAAGCAUUAGAGAGUACACACAAGAAAAAGAUUUUUAUCACCAUAGUGAAUGUGGGAAAUCUUUUUGCAGGAGUUCAACAAUGGUCCGACACUAGAGUUCACACUGGAGAAAGGCCUUAUGAGUGCAGUAAAUGUUCAAAAUCUUUUAUCUGUAGUUUCAAACUUUAUCAUCAGAGAGUUCCCACUAGAGAAAGGCCUUAAAUGGGUGGGAAUGUGCAAUUUUAUGUUCUGUGUAACAAGCCUGGAGGAAAUUCUUUUGAGGAGCCAUCUGUCUCUUUUGAAACUCAUGUAACUGAAAUAUACAUAAUGGGGAGAUCCCCAUACUUUCACUUAUAUGGGAAGCAUGUGUAAUAUGUUACACUUCCUGACUUGCCUAUGGGUCUUUCCUAGGUUUAAGUUGCAGUCCAUGCAUGUGCAAAAUGUAAUUUAAAUGGACGCUGUCUUCUAAACAUUGUUUUUCUUCAGGACUUAAAAUGAUUAGAAAAAGGAAAAAUGAUUAGAGACAUUUUCACUUUUGAUGUUUAUAAGUGGCUUAUAAUAUAUUAAUAAAAAAUGGAAAUUUGGACAUUCUA